UACUCGACUCGUUUGGUGGGUGUUGCAAGUUUUGACAUGAGGCCACUUGACGUCCAGUCGAGGUUUGAGCAGAAAGUAAACUCAUUUCGGGGUUGUUUUUUUUUGUGGUUUGUCGAACCACCGUCGUUGCAUGAAUGAGGAAAGACUUUUUUUUUCCGAACGCGGUAGUUAAGAAGUUCCAGGGACCCUCCCACCUGGUUCGUAGAACUAUUUUCAAUGAAGGUGGGCGAACCUACCAGUCAACACUGCCGUCACAUCUUCCACUCUCACCGAUUCAGCCUGUAUUCCUAAACAACUCCGGUGCAGCGGGCGUAAGUCCACUUUACUAAAUUUUAGCAGAUUUCAAGGUAAAUUUAAAGGGGGGUGGGGGGGGGGGCUCCUUCUCUCUGUAGUGCGCGCACACACGUGUAAACAGGAAUAAUGUCAGGGGCCCACGACCCAAGUAAGAGGCGCCACGCCCCGAAGAUGUUCCUGGUAGUGACCGACCUGAAGUUCCAGGACCACCUGGAGGGAACCGUGCGGCUGCAGAGGGGCAACAUCUGCCAGGAGCAGGACACUGCGAAGAGCAGAGGGGACCAGCUAUGGGUGAAGGUUCUGGACAAUGGCAUGAUGGUAAAGCUGGAGAAACGCUUCCUGGUUGAGGUCCCCAGUGACCUCAGCAGCCUAUUGGAGCCUGUAUCCGACCCAGAGUCCCGUCUCAAAUUACUGAGCAACCAAAAGACGCUGCGGCAAUUGGCUACGUUGCCCCUGGGCUCCCCCCUGUGGGUCCACAUCGGCCAACCAGAUGAGCUGGCAGAGGCGGAGCUCAGAUACCUAGGGCCGCUGACCAGAGGGAGCAGCGCUGUGUUUUUUGGGGUUCAACUAAAGGGUUCAGCAAUGGGUAGGGGAAUCGGCAAUGGUUCCCAUAAGGGCCACCAGCUCUUCGUCUGCCCUGAGGCUUCUGCCCUCUUCCUCCCGGUCAGUCACAUCAGACUACGCCGCUGGUCACGGGGCAAUGGCUCUGAGGACGAGGACCGGCCCCGGGAGCGAGAACAGGACCGCCUUGGCACCGGUGACCACCACAGCAACGGUCACCAUAGCAGCAGCCAGCACCCAAAUCAUCAUGUUAAACAGCAACACAACGUUCGCAGUAGUUUUCACCGGCAUCGCCCCUCUCAGCUGUCCACCGUUAGCAUCCUGCCUCGGACCACAGAAUCUGCCCCCUUGACAGCCCAGGCCCCCGUCCAGGUCCGGGUCCGAGGCCCCACGUCGCCUCUGCCAAUCCAGGUGGGCCAGCGGGUGUGUUUCCCCCUGGAGGACACCAUUCAUGGGGGGGAGGUGUGCUUCUGCGGCCCUUUACCUGGCAGGACGUCCCCGAUGACAUACGUCGGAGUUCUGCUGGAUGCUCCGGUCGGUAACUGGGACGGGUUUUAUAAGGGAGAGAGGCUGUGCCACAUUCCUUCCCAUCUUUAUGGACAACUUUUGCCCAUCACCAAGGUCUCCCCUGAACCCAGAGCCCGCCGUCUUCCUGUGCCCGUCCUAAACCCCAAACCGGUCCUCAAACCCAUCCAGCCCAUCGUCCCAAAACUGGGCCCAGCAUCCCCACCCACAUUUACCCCCAAAAUCGCUCUGUUGCCACCCCAGCCCACCUCUGCCAAACAAGCCCUCAAGCCCCCUCCGCUGUCCCCACCUAAACACACCCACCAGCCCCAGCUGCCUCCCCCAGUUCCGCCUCCCAAACCCCAAGCCCCACCCUCACCUCCUGUCGACGACCAACCACAGGCCUCGAACGGCGCGCAUGCCCCUCCCUCUCCGCUAAGGUCACCGGGUAUCAGUGAUGAUGCGGGGGAGAACGGAGAGACGGGACUGGAGGUGGAGCUGGAGGUAGGGUCGAUGGUUGAGGUGAACGACCCUCCUCUGUAUGGGGUAAUUCGCUGGAUUGGAAGGAUCAGUGGGAUUCCUGAACUGGUAGCGGGAAUUGAGCUGGACCAAGAGCUGACUGCUGGAACAGAUGGUAGCUACCUUGGAGAGCGCCACUUCCGUUGUCCGGCCAACAAGGGGCUGUUUGUUAAACUACGCAACUGCAGGCGGGACUCCAGAUUCCCCAUCCCGGAAACACCUGUCAAUCAAGUGGAGCGGUGCAACUCGAUAGCCUUUGCGGAUUGGGGCAGUGAACGUGUGGAGGAACACACACCUUCGGUGGAAGGCGAGGAGGCCAGGGACUUGUACCAGGGCUGGAAGAGAGGCAUCCAGGGCCACCUCAACUCCUGCUACCUGGACGCCUCACUGUUCAGUCUGUUUUCCUGCUGCAGCUCGGCUGACUGGGUGUUGUUGUGGCCCACCGACAGCCAGACUGCUCCCAACUCCACCCAGGCCCAAGACCUGCUGCGCUGCGAGAUUGUCAACCCCAUGCGCAGGUUUGGCUAUGUGUGUGCCAGCAAAACCAUGGCCUUGAGACGACUGCUGGAGGCCGAGAAUAAUAACACUGGCUUCACCAAUCAGGAGAAAGAUCCCGAGGAAUUCCUGAACAAGCUUUUCCAGCUCCUAAGAGUCGAGCCACUCCUCAAAAUCAGAUCGACGAGCCGGCAGCCCCAGGAAUGUCACCUCUAUCAACUUUUCCCCCCCUCCAUCCCUUCCUCAGCCACCACACACUCCCCGUCCCUCUCUCCCGUCCCUCUCUGCUUGCCGUCCGCGGGCCGCAUGAGGGUCGCCACCAUCCAGACCCUGCUGGAGUCCUCCUUCCUCCAUGCGGGGCUCAAAUUUGUCGAGGCCCCCUCCUGCCUUCUGCUGCUCACACCCAGGUUUGGGAAGGAUUUCAAGAUGUUUGAUGCCAUCUUGCCAACGCUCAGCCUGGACAUCACAGACCUGCUGGAUGACACUCUGAGACAGUGUAGCAUCUGUCAGGCCGUAGCGGAGUGGGAGUGUCUUCAGUGUUAUGAGGACUUGGACAUCACUCCAGGUCGUCUCAAACAGUACUGCCACACCUGCAACACCCAGGUUCACAGUCACAAGAAGCGAGUUUUGCACAGUCCGGAGCAGGUGGGCAUCCCCGGGGGGCCGUGGACUGGCCCGCUGCACGGCACUCGACAACGAUUGGCCCUCUUCGCUGUGACCUGCAUCGAGACCAGCCACUACGUGAGCUUCGUCAAGCACGGGCCCCGCCCCAUGGACUGGCUCUUCUUCGACAGUAUGGCGGACAGGGAAGGUGGCGAAAACGGGUUCAACAUCCCCCAGGUGAGGGCAUGUCCUGAGGUGGGCCGCUACCUCAGCUUAUCAGAGGAGGAGUUGAGCAGGCUGGACCCCGCCUCCUUACCGGAGCAUACCCGCCGCCUGCUGUGUGACUCCUACAUGUGCCUCUACCACAGCCCCGAGCUCAGCCUCUACAAGUGAUAUGGACAUAACUAAUGCACACACAUGCACACGCACUCACGCUGUGGUUAGUUGUAUAUGAGUAUCAUUCUUUCUUGAACUUGUAAAAACCACAGCACUGACCUCUGCUUUGCAAAUGAUACGGAUGCAAAAACACCCACAAAACGUAACUGCUUAAAAGAUUCCACACAAAAAACACACCAUCACUUUAUUUUCACCCUCUCAAUGAGAAACAAGCACAUUGUCUAAUGAGAUUAAUACAUAACCAGUGCAUCAGUUACAUUUUCAGGAAGUUAUACUUUAUUUUUUUCCCUUAUAAAGACACUCAAAGAAGGCUGAAUCAGUUCAUCUGGAUACAACGUUUAUUG